AAAGGAACAAUGACUUCCCCAAUGAAACGCAGAGAGAUGGACUUGAUGAAUCUGAUGAUGAAUGAUUACAAAGUUGAGAUUCCCAACGAUGAUACUAGAGAGUUCUUUGUGCUUUUGCAUGGACCUCGUGACAGUCCUUACUGUGGAGGUGUAUGGAAGGUAAGGGUUGAGCUUCCAAAUGCUUACCCCUAUUCUUCUCCAUCUAUUGGUUUCGUGAACAAAAUUUACCAUCCAAAUAUUGACUUUGCGUCCGGUACGGUGUGCUUAGAUGUGAUUAAUCAGGCUUGGAGCGCGAUGUUUGACUUGAACCAUGUAUUUGAGAUAUUCCUUCCGCAACUUUUGAUGGUACCAAAUCCGUUAGAUCCGUUGAAUGAAGAGGCUGCUGAGUUUCUGUUGCGUGAUAAAACGGCUUAUGAAGAAAAAGUGAAAGAGUACUGCGGGCGAUAUGCCAAGCCAGAAGAUGUUGGUGUGGAUCCAUCAACUACUAGUAGUAGUGAUGAUGAGGAGGAGGAACCCCCAAGUGAUGAUGAUCAGGCAACAACUACUUCGGCUUAAUCAGCUGAUCAUAUGUUUUGUACACACUAAU